GUUUGUUUGUUUCUGGUGUUGCCUUUUGUUGUGAUUGUUGUUGCUGGUGUUGCCCACCCCGUGGAGCGUUUCGAUUGAGGGAGCUCCGACUAUGCCCUAUGACGGUUGACUGGACACCGGGGGUUUGGCUCCGAGGAAGACCCAGGGCACUGGAAAUCUCGCCAGAACUUGCUUCGGAUUCCCCGGUGCCUCGGGAAAAUGGGAGCCGCUGCAAAGUUGGCGUUUGCUGUCUUUCUUAUCUCUUGUUCUUCAGGUGCUAUACUUGGCAGAUCAGAAACACAGGAGUGCAUCUUCUAUAAUGCUAAUUGGGAAAAAGAUAGAACGAAUCGUACUGGUGUUGAACCUUGUUAUGGUGACAAAGAUAAAAGACGACACUGCUUUGCAACUUGGAAAAAUAUUUCUGGCUCAAUUGAAAUAGUAAAGCAAGGUUGUUGGUUAGAUGAUAUUAACUGUUAUGACAGGAAUGAUUGUGUUGAAAAAAAGGACAACCCUGAAGUCUAUUUCUGUUGCUGUGAAGGCAACAUGUGCAAUGAAAGGUUUUUCUAUUUUCCGGAGAUGGAGAUCACAAUACCAACUUCCAAUCCAGUUACACCCAAGCCACCCUUGUUCAGCACCUUGCUUUACUCAUUGGUACCUAUCAUGCUAAUUGCGGGAAUCGUGCUGCUUUCGUUUUGGAUGUAUAGACAUCACAAGUUGGCAUACCCUCCUGUACUUGUUCCAACCCAAGAUCCAGGACCACCUCCACCUUCUCCAUUACUAGGCUUGAAGCCCUUACAGUUAUUAGAAAUAAAAGCAAGGGGAAGAUUUGGUUGUGUCUGGAAAGCUCAGUUACUCAAUGAGUAUGUGGCUGUCAAGAUAUUUCCAAUACAGGACAAACAGUCAUGGCAAAAUGAAUAUGAAGUAUAUAGUCUUCCUGGAAUGAAACAUGAGAAUAUAUUGCAGUUUAUUGGUGCAGAAAAACGAGGCACCAGUGUUGAUGUUGAUCUUUGGCUAAUCACUGCAUUUCAUGAAAAGGGUUCAUUAACUGACUUUCUAAAGGCUAAUGUGGUCUCUUGGAAUGAAUUGUGCCACAUUGCUGAAACUAUGGCCAGAGGAUUGGCGUAUUUACAUGAAGAUAUACCUGGUUUAAAAGAUGGUCACAAACCUGCCAUAUCACACAGGGACAUCAAAAGCAAAAAUGUGUUGUUGAAAAACAAUCUUACAGCUUGUAUUGCUGACUUUGGUUUGGCAUUAAAAUUUGAGGCAGGGAAGUCUGCAGGUGAUACCCACGGACAGGUUGGUACCCGAAGGUAUAUGGCUCCAGAAGUUUUAGAGGGUGCUAUAAACUUUCAAAGAGAUGCAUUUUUGAGAAUAGAUAUGUAUGCCAUGGGAUUAGUCCUGUGGGAACUUGCCUCCCGGUGCACUGCCGCAGAUGGUCCCGUGGAUGAGUACAUGUUGCCAUUUGAAGAGGAAAUUGGCCAGCAUCCAUCCCUUGAAGAUAUGCAGGAAGUUGUUGUGCAUAAAAAAAAGAGACCUAUUUUAAGGGAGUGUUGGCAGAAACAUGCUGGAAUGGCAAUGCUUUGUGAAACAAUAGAAGAAUGUUGGGAUCACGAUGCAGAAGCCAGGUUAUCAGCAGGCUGUGUAGGGGAAAGGAUUAUUCAAAUGCAAAGACUAACAAAUAUUAUCACAACAGAGGACAUUGUGACUGUGGUCACUAUGGUGACAAACGUUGACUUUCCUCCCAAAGAAUCCAGUCUAUGAUAAUUACAUUGGUUGUUCACACUGAGAAAUAGGACUCAGAACUGGAGCUGCUAAGCUAAUGAGACUGCUUACAGUUUAAAAUGUUUUCUGUGUGAAACAGAGUGGUGAGUCUUUUGGGAAUGGUGGUAAGGAGUCCGUCUUUUAAAAAUGUGGAUCCAAAAGACCUACUGCGUUCCCUACAUAGACUUGAAGGGCAUAUGACCAAGCAAAGAGGCAAACUCAAUCAAGAAACUUCUCAGAUGUAAAUGAAGAAUGUGGCUCUCUAUGGAUCAUAUGGACCUGUCUAAUCAAGCAUUUAAAAACUGACAUCAGAUUUCUUAAUGUCUGUCAGAAGACACUAAUUCCUUAAAUGAACUACUGCUAUUUUUUUUAAAUCAAAAACUUUUCAUUUCAGAUUUUAAAAAGGGUAACUUGUUUUUAUUGCAUUUGCUGUUGUGUUUAUAUCAAUGACUAUUGUAAUGCCAAUAUGACACAGCUUGUGAAUGUUUAGUGUGCUGCUGUUCCGUGUACAUAAACAGUCAUCAAAGUGGGAUACAGUAAAGAGGCUUCCAAGCAUUACUUUAACCUCCCUCAACAAGGUAUACCUCAGUUCCAUGGUUGCUAAAUUAUGAUUGAAAACACUAACAAAAUUUGAAUAAUAAAUCAGUCCAUGUUUUGUAAAGACGUAUUACAAAUUCACUGUGUUAUUUAAAAAAAAGGGUAAGCUAUGCUUUGUGCCAACAGGAAGUGGCCAUUCCUAAAGCAGUGUUGUAAGCCUUUUCUUGUGCUAGCUCAUGUUUAAAAAAAAGUGCUGUUGUUUUGAAAUGAAAACCUUAACAUCGUUUCCCCACCCCCCAUCCCCUUCUCCUUGUUUUUAGUUUAAAGCUUCAUCUUACCUCCAGUUCCCAAAAUAAUACAUAUACUUAUUUUACUUCAAUACUAUUUAGGUUUGCUGUGUCUGAGGAAUAUUUGAAAAUGUAAAGCAUGAUUUUUUUUUAAAAAGUGUUUUUUAAGUGAGCUGUGACACUGGAAAGCUCUUAGUUUUCUUAUUAAUUUUUUUAAAUAGACUUUUUCCUAUUUAUGUAUGUACAGUCUUAGUGUAUUUUCUUUCAUCCAACAGUAUGCAGUGCAUUCUGUAUCACUGUUUCAAGGAUCACCUCAGGAAGCUUCAUUACCCAGAAUUCCUCACUCUCUGCUUUGAGACUUAUAACUAGGUACACUUUUGCUUGGUGCCAUCUUGUCAGAGUAAUAUUUGAUGUCUGUGAUGUGUAAGAUUAUCCUAGAAUAAGUUAUACACCUUAGACACAGAUUUCAGAUAUUACUACUAAAAAAAUCAGGGAUAACAAGUUAAGCUUAUAACUUCAAAUAUGCAAUCAAUUUAGAGGUAACCAAUGUUGAUGUAGGUAGCACGGCCUAGCAAAACAAAUAUGACAAUAUUCAAAUUAUUUUCAAAAAUUUUCCAAGAUUAACUUAAGAUAAUCGAUGGCUUAUUGCUAAAACAAACAAACACACCAGGAUUGAUAGUAACUAGGUGCCAAAGUGCUUUUCAUAGGAAAAUGAUUGGGUCCUCCUUCAGCAUAUAUAGGCCAAAUUAAAAUGUAAUGGUUUCUAAAAUCUCUAGAUUAUUGACCAGUGCUAGCCAGUAUUAUGCGAUAUAAUUUUGUCAGACCUUUUUAAAAUCAUGCAUUAAUUUUAUAAAGGAGUUUUUUUUUUUUAAUGUCACUAUCAGGAGCUCACUGUGAAUGUGUUAUAUUCAGAUGGUUAUUUAAGACCACACAGACAGUUCAUUUUACAUAUGAUAUGCACUUAAUCUCUGGGAACAAUAACAAAAUUAAUUAUUUAUGAGACUUAGGUCAACAUACUCUAAGCAGGGAGGGGAAGAAGGGUAAUAGCAAUGUUGUUUGUAUUUAACAUCCCAUCCAGAACCAUUCUGUUUGCUGUUUGUCCCUUUCAUCACUUGGAUUUCAUUGUAACCAUCAAAUGCCCAUUUCUAUGUUGAAUGCAUCUGCUUUAUGUGUUUUUGCAAAGCAAACUGCUUGGGCUCCCUCCUGGUUUCUUGAUUUGAAUUUUGUUUUGCUUCCAUGUUCUGACACAAAUCAAGAAGGGAACCCGUUGAGGAAAUUUGAAUACAUGAUGGAACUUUUUCCACCUUUUAAAGAUUUAUUUCUACUUGUUUUCACUGUUUAGCCCUCUUUUUAAAAAAAAACAAACAAAAAAAACCACACACAACUAAAAGAAAAACCAAGGGGUAUUAUGAAUGUUUGGCUUAUGUGAGCACUAGAGGUAAAUUUUAUAAAACUCAUUAGCAAAAAUAUAUGAUGUUUUUCUCUUCAUGGUAGAAAAGAAACAAACCCUGUUUUUAGAACUCCUGGAUAUUGUACUUAACUGUAGUUAGCCAAUUUUAUGACUUGUAUCCUUUUGAAAACUAUGUUGGUAGUAAAAUACUUUUAUAACUAGUGAAGUAAGAAUGCUUCAGUGACCUGUCCUGAUUCCUAGUCAUGUUAAGACUUUGUUUUGCAGGGCAUUUUGUGUUUGGUUUACAGUCAGUACAAAAGUGGGCAAGCUAACAGAAAGAAAGUCUGAGCUUGGCCUAGGAAUACUGAAAAAAAAAAAAAAAGCAAGAUUGAAGAGAAUGAAAAUCAUGACCUUUGUUGUGGGGUUUUUUUGUGACCCUGAUAACUUUUUUCCUCAUGUAUAUGGUGCUCCUCAUGGCUCAUCUUGUAUUUUGCCUUUCUGAUACCAAGUCAGACUCGCUGCUCUAACUUAUACUCUUUACCUUGCCCAGAUCUACGAAAGAGGAUUGCUGUAUGACCAACUGCCAUAGGACUGAUGGAUUAACCAGUGUUUGGCUUUACUGGAAGUCUAUGCCCUGCACAGCUCUUGUAUGUAUUUAGAUGCUAGGAAGUUUUUAGCAUGUGAAGUGUGAUUAAUAUUUGAACGUUUAUUACAAGUACCUUAUGAAUUCCAGAACAGAGACUGUGCCUCAUAAUUGUUGAUCCCUUGAAUUUGCACUAUCCUUUAUGGUGACAUUUAAAAAAAAAAAAUCAGGAAAGAAAAGGACUAUCUUACUAACUUUUUGGGAAUCAGAAACAAAAUUCAUUGUGCAUGAAAUUUUUAAAAAGUCACUCCUUUCCUUACCCCCGCCACUGCAACAAAAUAACUUCUAAAUUUAUCCCAAAAUAUUGGUGGGGAAAUAUACCCUGACCAGGUUCACUAGAAUAAAUUAAUUACUGCUUAAGAAAAAUGUUUCACCACUGAUUUUUCCACUUCUUUUUUUUAAAAACCUUUCUAGUAAAUUACUUUUUAGGAACAUUUGGUAUAAUAUGCAUAAAAUUAUUUACUGAUUUAUGGGCAAAAUGAUACAAGUAGCAUCCUUGAUUGAACAUCAUUUACCUCAGAUAUCCAACCAGCAGUACGUUUUUUAUGCAGUCUCAAUCCAUACACUAUUUGUUACCUCUCAAAAUAUUGGUAAGCAAUUAUUUGAGCUUUACUCUCUGUAUUUCUUGUCAGUGUUUUGGGCACAGGUUGUUGUACUACUGUCAAACUGUACUUGCUAUUUUUCUGCAAGUAUAUAACAAAAAAUACAAAAAAAAAAAAGCCCCACAAAACCCCACCCU